AUCUAUCUUUGGCAUGGGCACCCUUUUGCAAACCUGGAGGAGAAGAGCCGGAAGUAGAGGAACAGCAUUCAAAGCUUUCUUACUAAGAAGACCCAAAGUGUGAGAAGGAGAGGGAUAGCUUCUUUAGCCUAGCAGUCAUGCCUUUUGGGCUGAAGUUGCGAAGGACACGGCGCUAUAAUGUCCGGAGCAAGAACUGUUUCAUGACCCGGAUUCGAUUAUUGGACAACAGCGUGAUUGAGUGCACCCUGUCUGUGGAGAGCACUGGCCAAGAAUGCUUGGAGGCCGUGGCUCAGAGGCUGGAAUUACCAGAGACACACUAUUUUGGCCUUUGGUUUCACAACAAGAGCCAGCAAGUGCGAUGGGUGGAACUGGAGAAGCCUUUGAAAAAGCAGCUGGACAAGUUUGCCAGCGAGUCUCUGCUUUUCUUUGGGGUCAUGUUUUAUGUACCCAGUGUUGCCCUGCUGCAGCACGAAGUCACAAGGUACCAGUAUUACCUACAAGUAAAAAAAGAUGUUAUUGAUGGACGAUUGCGAUCUUCAUUUGAACAAGGGAUAAGGUUAGCUGCACUGGCAGUUCAAGCUACAUUGGCAGCUCAAGUUGGCUUUGGAGACUACCCUCAUUUUGAAUCUCAUGAUCUCCGGCAGUAUGUUUUAUUUCCUAUGGAUUUGAUUCAAAAUGAAGCAAUUUUGGAGGAAUUGAUUCAGAAAGUAGUCCAGGAACACAAAAAUCAUAGCGGCCUUUCUGCAGCAGAAGCAGAAUUGCUUUACAUCAGGGAAGUGGAACGACUAGAUGGAUUUGGGCAGGAAAGUUUUCCUGUGAAGGACAAUCAAGGAAAUGACUUGCAUCUUGGAAUCUUCUGCAUGGGGAUUUUUCUAAAGAACCCAAUGGGAAGACCCACAGUGAACUACAGGUGGAAUGAUAUUGGAAAUAUAACACACAACAAGUCUUCAAUUGUUGUGGAACUGGUUAACAAAGAAGAAACUGUGCUGUUUCAUACGGAUGACCUUGAAAAUGCCAAGUAUAUUUCACGGCUCUUUGCUGCGAAGCACAAGUUUUACAAACAAAACAAAAUCUGCACAGAACAAUCAAAUUCUCCUCCCCCUAUCAGGCGGCGGCCUACAUGGAGUAGAUCAUCUUUGCCAAGGCAACACCCAUUUAUCAUGCCUCCUGUGCAUGUCCAAUGUGGAGAACACUACACUGAAACUCACAACUCACAAGAUAGCAUUUUUCAUGGAAAUGAAGACAUGUUUUACUAUAGAUCUCAGAGUAGCUUGGACAGAUGUGCAAUGGACUUCAGCUAUUUGAAUGGCAAUGUCCCCAAUGGCAGCGUGUGCAGUGCCCAAAGUAUGAACUCUCUUAACCACUCGCAGAACUUCAUUCAAGCUUCUCCAGUGUCCUCCAACCUUAGUAUCCCUGGAAGUGACAUUAUGAGAGCAGAUUACAUCCCAAGCCAUAGACAUAGUGCAAUAAUUGUACCUUCGUAUAGGCCAACACCAGAUUAUGACACUGUAAUGAGGCAAAUGAAGAGAGGAGUGAUUCACACUGAUAGCCAAAGCCAGUCUUUGAGGAACCUCAACAUUGGGAACACUCAUGUUUACAGCCAACCCAAAGACCUUGUAUACAGUCAACCAGAAAUUCAGGAGAGGCCUUCUUAUACCAUUUCAUAUGGGCCUCAAGGCACUUAUAAAAAACAUGUCGCUCCUUCUGAGCAAGUGAAUCCCAUGAAUGCUUUGCAGGCAAAACCAACUGCUAGUGCCAUUUCCCAUACAGUUAGCACUCCAGAGCUGGCCAAUAUGCAGCUCCCCAACAAUCAAAGAUGUGGCCCUGCACACAUACUGAAGAACUAUCUUUUCAGGCCACCACCACCCUAUCCACGUCCACGUCCUGCUACCAGCACACCUGACCUAGCAAGUCACCGCCACAAGUAUGUCACUGGCAGCAGUCCUGAUCUGGUCCCUCGGAAAGUGCAGCUUUCAGUGAAGACUUUUCAAGAGGAUAGUGCUCCUGUUGUCCAUCAGUCGCUCCAGGAGGUUAGUGAACCUCUUAUGGCAGCCAAACAUCAUGCAGCCAUUAACAAACGCCACAGUUUGGAAGUUAUAAGUAAUAUGGUGCGUGGAAUGGAAGCUAUGGCUUUAAAAAGUCUAAAUGCUCCCUUGCCACGCAGAAAUACAUUACUCAAUGAGAUGCAGCCAGAGGAAGUGGUGCAAAGAGGGCAUGAAGUUCAGCAGCUCCCUCACUACCAUCACAAGAAGACCUUCUCAGAUGCUACAAUGCUGAUUCACAGCAGUGAAAGUGAAGAUGAGGAAGAAGCUACAGCAUCUGUGCCUUCUAUGGCAGCCCUACAUGAAAAUAUGGAAUAUAGCGCGCAGUUGCAAGCUGCUUUGGCUCGAAUACCCAACAAACCUCCUCCUGAGUAUCCUGGUCCCAGGAAAAGUGUUAGCAAUGGAGCUCUGCGGAAUGACCAGAUGAAUAAUGUUUCCCUGGCGGUGUCCCGAGCCAAGGUGUUAAGGCCAGCGCCAGCCAGGACAAUUAGCAUAUCUCGGACCGAUCAAAGCAUGAUGAAUGGAUCUUCUCUUGGGCCAUCAAUCUCUGAGCCAGACCUCACAAGUGUCAAGGAACGGGUCAAGAAAGAGCCAGUGAAGGAAAGGCCUGUGUCUGAAAUGUUCUCCAUUGAAGACAGUAUCAUAGAAAGGGAAAUGAGGUAUCUAGAGAAACAGAAGAUGGCAGGCCUGGAAGCCCAGAAGAGGCCCUUGAUGUUGGCAGCACUCAAUGGUCUCUCAGUUGCUCGAGUUCCAGUGCCUGAGGAUAGCCAAGAUGAAGGAGCCAAGGUGCCAGUGGAUGAGCGGUGCAAAACCUUGAGGAGGAAACUGGAAGAGGGGAUGGUGUUCACGGAGUAUGAGCAGAUUCCAAAGAAGAAGGCAGACGGAAUCUUUACCACCGCCGUGCUUCCUGAGAACACUGAGCGUAAUCGUGUCAGAGAAGUCAUUCCAUAUGAAGAGAACCGAGUGGAGCUGGUACCCACCAAAGAAAACAAUACAGGCUAUAUCAAUGCGUCACACAUAAAGGUGACAGUAGGUGGAGAAGAAUGGCACUAUAUAGCUACCCAAGGACCUUUGCCACAGACAUGCCAUGAUUUCUGGCAAAUGGUGUGGGAUGAAGGAGUCAAUGUGAUAGCCAUGGUGACAGCAGAGGAGGAAAGAGGAAGGACCAAAAGCCAUCGUUACUGGCCCAAACUUGGCUCAAAACAUAGCUCAGCCACUUAUGGAAAGUUCAAAGUGACCACCAAAUUCCGGACUGUUUCUGGUUGCUAUGCCACAACAGGCCUGAAGGUCAAGCACCUCUUGUUAGGACAGGAGAAGACCGUUUGGCAUCUACAGUACACCAACUGGCCAGAUCAUGGUUGUCCAGGAGAACAAGACUUCCUUUCCUAUUUGGAAGAGAUCCAGUCAGUGCGCCGUCAUACCAACAGUAUUCUGGACAGCAGCAAUAACUGCAACCCUCCAAUUGUUGUGCACUGUAGUGCUGGAGUGGGGAGGACAGGUGUGGUUAUUUUGACAGAGCUUAUGAUUGGAUGCUUGGAACACAAUGAGAAAGUAGACGUUCCAGUGAUGCUUCAACAUCUGAGGGAACAGAGAAUGUUCAUGAUCCAAACUAUCGCACAGUAUAAAUUUGUCUAUCAAGUCCUCAUCCUAUUUCUACAAAAUUCCAGGCUCAUUUAACAUCCAAGAAGAAAUACAACAUCUUUUUGUUCACAGUUCAAGACAGCCUUUUAGGUUUGGCUGAGAAUUACCCCUUCUACAAAGCUUCUUGUUUUGCAGCAUUUUGUGACACCUGAUCAAAAUUGCUUCAUCAAUAAGGACACUUUGUUCUUCUUGCAGAUGAUUUUAUAUGAGAUAAUUUAUUUUUUUUAAUGAUGUGUGAACUUUCUUAAUUUGUGGGAAAUGGGGUGACCUUAAAAUGAUCGAACCACAUGUGACACAUCUCUUCAUUGUAAUCUGACUUUAGGAGUGGAGAUAAUCCUCUCUGGAGAUGUUCUCUUGACCAUUGCAUUUCUAUAUGACAUGCAAGGCAGCUUUGCUAUUUUAUUUUAUUCUAUUUUAUUUUUUUGGAAAGAGUAUUUAGCAAUCUGUUUUCAGGCUGUGCACAUAGAAGAAAAACCAACUUAAAAAAAGUAUUUGACUUUCAUUCAAAUUUGAAAGCAGAUAUAUGUCCAUAAUAUUACUGAGAAGGAACAAACUGUUGCCCUCUAUCAUACAUGCAGUGCCUUACAGAAUAGCGGUGGGAUUUUCAAUAAACUCAAAAUUUCAAGAGAUCAGUACUAAGCAAGAAUGAUCAUAGUACCUUGAUGAUGGAUAGUAGCGAUACUCUUAUCUCUGAAGCUAUAAAAUAGCUGAAAUACUGGAAUAAGAUCCAUUCUAGGAGUUUUCUUGUAGGGUCCCAGCGAGAUCUAAUCAAUCCUGAGUCCUACAGUUAAUGCUGUAUCUUGAGUCUGGAAAUAGAGCCCUGCACAUCCAUAAUGUGAAACAGCCAGAUCAGGGGAGUUUUUC